AAAAUAUCAGUGUCAUUUGCAACUUCAAUGCAGCCGGCUGUCGAUUAUUUAUUUUAAAAAAGUUCAUCGAAUUUGUUUAAAUUAUUUGCAAUUUUAUGUUUCUAUCAUGCAAAGGGCCACUGCACGUUUAAACCAACGGAUAGCUGAAGAAGCGCAGCUCCUAGCCGAGGAAAAGUGGAUAAUAGAAGCGUUAAGGAAAGUUAAACAACAAAGAAAUGGCUUACAGAUAGAAAGACUCCACUUAGAGAAUUUGAAGGCGACAAUAAACAGAGAAGAGUUAAGGAGUAUAAUUUCUUCAGACAUCGCUGUGAACAAGGAUAGUGAAACUGCUCAGAGCCAAUCUGCAGAGGCUGAUAAACCCACCGCUCCUGACUAUCCACUGACUGAGAUAAUCCCGGUGACGAAUUUAGCACUGUUAGAUGGUCCAGUUGCAGGGAUUGAUGACGAGAUGUGCAACACUGAGAAACUCAACCUGUCUGUAACUAACUCAGUAUUCACGAAUCAGCACAUGGCCUCAUUGGACAUAGAAGAGGAUGAUGAUGAUUUGGACAAUGCUUUAGAAGACGAUGAAGACAUGGAGAACUGCCUCAUUGAAAUGAACAUGCUGAUGCAGUCUAAAUGAUGUACCCAGAAGGAUAUCUUCAUAACUAUUAACUUGAACUGAAUUUGUAAAUAAAGGUAUUUCUAAGUUCA